CAGGUAUCUUCAAAUCUCACCCCCCACCGCUAUUGCGACUUUCCCCUACCACAUAGCGGGCUCAACUUCACAUAAGCUCAUCAGCAGCUUCUUACCUUCGUAUGCGGUCGCAUUGAGCUGCGCUCGGCGACAUUGCGCAUAUCAGUUUCACCCACCAUGCACUCCUCAGGUUUUGCUGGUGCGCCUGUGUCCCGCAGCCUCGUCCUGGGAAUCAUAGCCGCGUCCAUAUUGGUUUCCGUCACUGAUAUUAAGUACUACUUUUGGAUCCAAGUCGAUCCGCACUUCUGGAAGUAUGGUCAGCUAUGGCGCGCAUUUAUAUAUCAGCUCUGCUACACCAACUCGAGCGAGGUUCUCAUGGCUGCCAUGACCCUGUAUAGUCUGCGGGGCAUCGAACGGCUCUGGGGUUCGCGCAAAUUCGCCUCCUUCCUCCUCGUCCUCUUCCCUUUAACAGCGCUCCUGCCCCCAAUCAUACUCGCCCUGGUCAUCCGGCCCCUCUCGUUCAACAAAAUCAACUACCUCCCCGCCGGCCUCACCCCUCUUAUAUACGCCCUCCUUGCGCAAUACUAUGCCGCUAUCCCCCACACAUACAAGUAUCGCAUCGCCGCGACUCCCACCCCACCUCCCAAUGCGCCGUUUACCGGCAUUACCUUCUCGGACAAGUCAUAUACCUAUCUAUUGGUAGGCCAGCUUGCUCUGGCUCAGUUUCCAGGGUCAUUACUCGGAGCUGCGAUUGGUUGGGCGGUGGGAUAUCUCUGGCGGAAUGAAGUCUUGCCUGGAGUGAUGGUUUCCUGGCGCAUUCCAGGGUGGAUGGUUGGAAUUGCACCACAAAAGCGUGGAGAGGGGUUUGAGGGACUCAGGAGGAGGCUAGAAGAGGAGAAUACAAAUGCUGCCGCUGCCACAGGCUCAGAUGGCCGUCAGGGAGGGAACGUGGCUCCGCGAAGGACGUUAGGAAGGCAGUUAGUUGACCAGUUUAGAGGCGCGUUCUAGAUGGCUACAGUAGCUAUAGUAGAGUUAAUCAUGACAAUAAGAACCAAUUAAGUAUUACACGGACAAUAAGGGGUGAAAUUGGG